GACCUGACAUAUAGUAGCUUCAAUUUGCUCUUUUAAUGUCCAUUUUAUUGAGCUAAAACCCACUAUAUGGCUUUGCCUGACUAAGGAUCUUGAGGUGUAGUUGAACUCUAGCUUGGGGCUGCAGGAUGAAUCUUGGAAGCACCUAAUGUGGUAGGGGCAGGAUCCAGUGCACACAGAGGGUAAUGAGUAUAGCCAUAGCAUCACCACCACAUGGAGCACUUGGGAAAAAACUGAGUCACUAGUUGCAGGCAGUGGUACCUAUGAUGUAUUUGCUGCAUUUCUUUCACAUAGUGGCACCCUUUUUUCUUCAGGGUAAACAUGCACGCUGCAGAUAAAUAGCAGCAGCAACAGCACAGAUAUUUACAUUUUUUCAGGACAGUUCCCUUAUUCUGCUUUCUUAUGUUACUCUCAUGGGGUUUUUUUUCUCUUUCUCUCUUGCUAGUUUUAAUACUGCCUCUACUCCAUUCCUCUUUUUAAUUGAUAUUCUCUCUCUCUUUAUUUUGCUUUUCACCAUCAGCAUAUAUUCCAGUUUUGAGCGAGGGUGGUUUGGGCCCCCCCCCUUUAAAAAAAAACAAAACUCUGAGCCACAUUCAAAUGUAAAAUAAGCAACUGCAUUGAGGCCACUGGGAACCAGAUAUAACUGACAACUCUUAUGAACAAAUGAGUCCACUUUAAGAGGGCAGGAAAGGAAGAGUCAACUUGAAUGAUGAUGCAGAGCUAUCCCAUUCAGAAUCGGCUGCACUAAUACUUCCUGUCUCAGAAGUCUGCACAGGGGUGAGCUUUUGCGCAGGACAGGAAAGAGAAUGGAUGGUUUAUGGCUUUGUUAUUCACACUGUGGGUGCCACUUUGGAUGAGACUCCAAAUUCCAGCAGAGUGCUCUAUUCGAAAGUUUUCAAUUAUGAGCUGAUCGAUCAAAAGCAGAACUUAGAUGAACAGUGCUUGCAAAAUGAGAGGAUAAAACGAAAACAACAUAUAACCAUAGUUGCAAGGCAAGCAGAAUCAAUGUGCCUUCUCAGCCGUCAGGCAUCUGGUCGGCCAGCCAGUGAGUUUAUUGUCCAUCCAACAGAUGAACCCAUAUCUCUACUGGAAGAGGAUGUUGGAGUGUUUAGCCUUUCUCCAGGAGAUUUAUUUACCUGUGAGAAGAUUGUCCUGUGGGUUUCUGUGUAUUCUCUUGGAUUUUCUCUAAUUUGCGAUUCACAGGAAAACCUCACCUUGGCUGAAUGCACUUUGAGGACAGUUGUAAAAUACCUUGUAGAUUCUUUAAAGUUGUUGACAAAUAGCAGCAAUGUUGUACUAAAAGCAGAUAAAAUUGAAAUGAGCCUUGACAAAUUCAUGCCACAUGGACAGCUGCUGUUCCUUAAUCAUCAGGCUACGCAGGCUUUAGAGAAGGAACUCAUCAGCAGUAUGCCUCUGUAGGACACUCUGGGUUUUGAUGGAAAUCCUAAUUCUAAUGUCAACUGUUUCUGGGUUGUUACUGCUAUUAAAGAUUAAAUCUAUAAAAUGUGGAAUGUGGUGACUAAGCAAAGCUAUAGUAAAUCUGUAGUGUUUGUGUAAAUAUUGAUAAUUUUCAGUAAUGCUGAGGAAAAUAUACUGUUUACAAAAAUGCUAUAUUUUUUUUUUUUGUAAAUCUUUACCUGUCAAACGAAUUGUAGUGAGGAAAAAGAGAUGCUGUUACUUUUCUGUUUGCAUAAUUUAUAGACCUAAAGGUGGCAAUACAAGGGCAGAUAAUGCUGCUGAUAUCGGUCGUUUAGACCAAUUUGACAGCUAAUCUGCCCGUGAAUGGAGGCUUCCAUCGGGUCUUUCCGAUAGAUAUCUGGACACGUUUGAUUUUUCUCCCGACCCGUCUGAGCCCAUUGCGCUUGUCGUAAUCCGAUUGUUUGGCCAUAAGGCCGAAUGUUCAGAUUACCCCCGAUAUAGCCCUGCCGUUAGUGGUAUAUCGGGGAAAAGAUCCACUCGUUUGCCAAGCGUGCGGAUCUUAUAGUGUAUGGCCACCUUAAUUCAUGGACCUGUUUUCCAAUCAUGGGAUUCUAACUUGCUCAUACCCGAAAUAGUCUAAGGGAUAUAGAACUCAAAGAGUUUUAACCACAAUGGCCAAAGCUCUUUGAAAUCAUAUACAAUUUAAAAUAAGGGAAAUUGGACUACCAAUGCUAUGCUAUAUUUUAUAAAGAUGCUAAUGUAACACAGGGAGAAUAGGGAACACAGGAAAAAAUAUAGGCCUGAAUUUCCUAUGUGAUCAUAUUCACUGUGGAUCAAGCAAGUGCUGAACACAGAUGGAAUGCAGCCUGAUUACGCCAGUGUCCAGCGCUUGCCUGUGCGACACUGAGUACAGCCUAAUAGGAAAUACAGGCCUGCUUUCUUACUGUGUUCUUCUACGCUGGAUCAUAUGAAAGAUCCAGUGCCAGGAAACAGUUAAAAAUGCUCGUCUGUAAGAGCACUGUAUAGGGCUGUAUUUAUAUAUACGCACUCAGGGGUCUGUGCUUAGGGCGGCAGCUUUAGGGGGACAGCCCUUGAGUGCCUAUAUGACAAAUUAUAUAUUUUUUUCUGCUGGAGACUUGCUGUUUAAUUCUGGCAGCUGGGGGAAACUCACUUAGAGAGACUGACACAGCGUGUCUUUCUGCAAGUAGUCCUUGGUUUAAUGUAGGCUGAAAGUGACAUACCAUGCAUAAAGCAUUCAAUGUAAUAUGAGUAAUCUGUAGGUAGAGCAAUUAUUUGUCUCUGCAGCCUUGAUAUUUAAGUUGUGGGCUGACUGAUAACAUGGGUGUCUGUAGGAAAUUUUCCUAGUGGGUGGGAGGAUAAAAUAGAUAUAUGUAGCAAUUAUGAUGCAUAUUGCAUAUUUUCUGUUAAUCCAAUAAACUUUGUCACUGCUGAAAUA